GUGAGAGAUCCGAAUCAGCGCGAUUAGCCGUUGAUGAAAGUUCCAGAACGACUGAUCCGCAUUACUGCGAAGGACCGAGUUCUUACCUGCGGCCAUCUCAAACCCCAGUACAAACUGUACUGCACAUCGCCCCGGUUUCAACGCGCCCACCCCUCCGAUACGGGCUCAGGAAGCCAUUAGCUGUCGUCGUCGCCGUCUUCGCGGAUAGAUGGAUGGGGGCAGUGACUGACGACGUGUUUCGCCGCCUGUGAUGAUGAUGAGUCGAUGAUAUAAGAUGGGAGAUACGUGCGUGCGACGUUCUUCCUUCAUUCUUUCUUUUUCUCUUCGUCUGAGUUCUUCGACCUCAUCCAGUGGGAGCUAGUCUUCCCCAUUGUUCCGGAAUCAACUGCUCUCACUCUUUCGCUGCUUCAUUCCCUCCCAUUUACCUUCUUUUCUUCGAACACUUUCUUUCGUGUUUCUCUUUUUCUUUCGAUCGGCAAAGUCACAAUGCAACGCACCCUCUUUCUCUCGUUCGUUCUUGCCGCCGUCCUUAGCGUGUCCGCUGCGCCAGUCCCGCUCCCAGCUCAUCAGGGUAUCUCUGUUUCACCCGUCAUCGCGCGUCAAGAAGACUCGAUCCCGGUGAUCAACAAUGAACGCAGCGAGGAAACCGACUCCCCCGAAGGCCGUGAUGUAUUCGUCCCGCUGGAUUUGUCUCCCUUCGAGGCGCGUGCCGAUCAUCAAGACGGACAGCAAGGGAAUGGGCAACAGCAAGACAAAUCGAGCUCGCAGCAGCACUCGCAAUCGCAACAGAAGGUUGAUCCUGAGAUUGUUCCUGGGCGGCAGCCACUCACGGAGGAAGCCCAUCCGGGCAAGGCUCAUAAUUUCGGGUGUGUCGUGGCCUGAGAGAAAGAUUUUCGGUUUUUGUCGGUUUCGGCUCUUAGGUUGGCUGGGUAUCUGGUGGACCACAUAAAACAAGUUCAUGUAUGAGUGUACAGUAUCCAUAUUCUGUUGAAUCUGAUGAAAGACAAUGGAUCCUGAUGUUCUGC